GGAAGAAUAUGGAUAUUUUGGCUGGAGUGAAAAUUGAGAAAAAUUGAGAUGCUCGAUUGGACGUUGGUCGACGCAACUGAAGCUCUCGCAGGAAAAAUCGGAGGAUUCUACUUCUCAGCUCAUUGGUGUCCACCAUGCUGCAUGUUCACACCGAUUCUCAAGAAGUUCUACGAGAAAGUUUAUGAUGAUUUCGAGAUCGUCUUUGUCUCAUCCGAUCCUAGCGAGAGUGGCCUGAAAAAGUAUAUGCAAGAAUGCCACGGUGAUUGGUAUUAUAUUCCUUUUGGGCAUGAGGCCAAGCAAAAGCUUUGCGUCAAGUAUGAAAUUACCGGAAUGCCAACUCUCGUUAUCGUCAAGCCAGACGGAACUGAAGUGAAAAGUGAUGGACGAUAUGAUGUUCAAAUGGAAACGAAUCCAUAGGUUACCGUCGCCAAGUGGAAAGCUUAAGGAAAAUGCGGCCAAAACAUUUUCCGCUUUAAAUCUUUCCCGAUUUGUUAAAAUAAUUUGAAAUCUUUCGAAUCUAACCAUUCCGUCUCUAUUUUUUUUUGAAUAUUUCUAU